AUGUGUCCUCUUCCAAACAAGUUUCCUACAAGGGGUCGGCCCAAUGAACCUAAGGGUUCUACCAGACGCAUUCCUUGUUCUUGGGAGAAUGUUGAUGCAGUACUUGGGUCAAAGCAAGGUAGCAACUCAUCAGCUCCAAAGGGCAAGGGGAGUAAGACCCGAUCAACAAAAUGGAAGAGCAUUCCUUCCAAUCAAUCUGCACCUAAGAAGAGAAGCAAGAGGAUAGCAAGCAAGUUAGAUCCGCCAAAGCACCCGAAAGGCAAAGUUUACUCGGCCAACUACAUCCAUGAAGUGCCCAAAUUCCUCCGUGAAUAUGUCAUUGACAUUCACAAUGUUGAAGAUGAUGGCAAUUGUGGAUAUAGAUGCAUUUCUUCCUUGAUGGGUAAGGGAGAACAAAAUUGGAAGCAGGUUCGAGAAGACAUGAUAAAUGAGCUUACAUUACGGCAAUGUGUUUAUCAUGGUAUGUAUGGCACCGACAAACAUUACGAAAAAGUACUACAAGACUUGCAUCUUUCUCCAAAUGAGUUUGCAACGGAGGAGAAGUGGUUAUCUGUGCCGGAUAUGGGCCACAUUGUGCUUAUUUCAACUGACUUUCCUUUGCCAACAGUUAAUCCACAAUGGAUUUAUCAUUGUACUGUUGAAGCUCGUGGUUGGCAGCUACCAUACCUGGAUUGCAUGGCUCUAUUCAACAAACUCUCCCGAGAGGCAAACAUGCAUAAGGUCGAUGGAGGAAUCAUAAAUCUCGCUGAAGAUUAG